AUGCUCUCACUGAUGCAACCCAAGGCGUGGAUCACUGACUUUCUGCUGGAGUUCUUGCUUCUCGCCGUUUUCGGGGCUGCUUUGGACGACGGGCGGGCUUUGGCAGUAGAGUUCUUGGAAUUCUUUUUGACCUUCUUCUUUGUGGGGGCAGAAGCGGAUGCGAACAGUGAUGACGACGGCGUCGACGAACUGUUGGCGCUGCGCCCAGCCGAUGUGACCGCAGCUCUGCGCACGCCGUGCCCAGCGCAGAAGGCAGCCAGCAACAAAGCGGCGAACGAUGACCGAGCGCACCGGGUUGAGUCGGCAAUGAACACCGCAGAUGUGUUGUGGGGGGCAAGACCGCAUGGAGACAGAACUCUGGCGACGGACACGCUGUAUGCAGCACUGGAUCCGAAAGCAGCGCACCAGGCGGCGCGGAAACGAACGGACGGCGCCGGAACUUGCAUGCCAUCGGCGCCGCUUGCCAGCUCCGUUGCGGUUUGGUCUGGCGCAUCCGUCGCAAAUGUGCAGCAAUGGGUUGCGCGCUUGCCCCAAGGGCCCUGUAAUGAAGAGCAACGCCACUUUUGCAAGCUGGUGGCGACGCGCGUCGAAACAGAGCUGGCAGCCAGAAGCUGGAUUGCUGGGCACGCAACGUGUCAACGACCUGCUUGCGCCGCUUUAAUCACGCAAGGUUUGUCUCCAGAAGCCAUUCAACUGGCCGAAUGCGACACGUGUGCGACUGAUCGCCGCUCGCGUAUGCUUGUCGCCCAAGGCGAUGCGGACAGUCGGUUUCAGAACGAGUUCAGCGAUGCAGUUGCAAUCUUCGGCACAAAUGACAUCAAAUAUCACGUCAACAAGGUCCGCGCCCUCCAAUGGGCAAACGCCCGAGGACACCUACCGUAUUUAUUUGUGGCACGCGAUCUUGCUUCGGCAGCGGUCCUCCAAGAAAAGCCGAAUCUGACGGCCGAGAAAUUGCAGUGGUUGCAGCGACACGACAAGGAAUGCGGUGGGCUGUAUGGCGUCUUGCUGCUGUGCGUGGGCAUGCCUGUUCGGGCCACAGACCACCUAGACCGCAAGCGUGGAAUCCUGAAAGGCACAAAGGGCUAUGUAGUCGGUUGGUCUGCGAUUGCCGAUGCGACACCUGCACCCGAAGGAAUGGUGUGCAACAACUUGCCAGCCGUGGUAUACGUGAAGUUUGACACCGCCACGUCGUGGCAAAUAUCCGGUGUCCCGGACGCAAACGUCUACCCAGUUGUGACCUGCAGACGCGUGUGGUACUUGGCGCUGUUGCCGCGACUGCGUCCAGAAGCUGCGGGGGCAUUGGUCUU